CAGUGUGUCCACCAGCAAACUGCAGGGUACCACACUUCUCACCCAGGCUAUUCCGGAAGAAAACACUAUCCAAAUCCUGUGCACUGACAUCCUGCAAUGUCUGGACACCUCAGUCACUGGAAUGACCCAAGUGUUAUGGCCAAGGCUUCUCGAAUAUGUGGUGCCAGCUCAGUACACUGGUACUUUGAAGCCUCUCUGCAGAUGCCUUAGGGAGCUGGCUGAGAAAAAGCAGCAGGAAGGAGAAGAAGCUGCUUCCCUCGACUACGGUGGACCAGUGAAACUCCCUACACCCCAGGGGCUGCUGGCACGACUUCUGGUAGUAGCCUCGUCCCCUUAUGCAGGAGAAGGACACGGAUGUGCUGCCUUGCAGUUACUACAGGCCCUGCACCAAAAUAUCCAUGCAGCAGUGGGUGAGACGUGGGUAGUAAAGAUCCCAUCUCUGGUGCAGUACAUUGAAGGAAACACAGAGAAUUCCCUGGACCACGCGCGGUGGGAGCACAUGCUGCUUCAGUUCCUAAGAACAUCUCUGGCGAUGAUAGAUGACAGUGCCUGGAGCAGCCAGAUAAGCCUUGAGUUGAACCAGCAGAUGGCCAGCUAUACCAGCCCUUCCCAUGAGAAGAGUUUCCUGUAUAAGGCGCUAGGAACGUCCUUAGCAGUUUGUCAGGACCUGGGCCACGUUAAAUCCCAGCUUCAUAAAUUUUUGACAACAACAGAUUAUAUGGAUGUCCCUGAGACACAGGGAGUCAUUUCCAUCCUCGCAUUCUCUGCUGAGAGCCACUUGGACCUCACCCUGAACGCACUUCAGGAGUUUGGGGCUGCAAUGAGCAAGGUUAAGAUUUCUGGGUUCAUCAGCCGCCUGAAGGACUACCACCAGGGGAAAAGAGGCAAGACUCGCAGCACCUUGAUGCUGACCUACAGCAACGUGGCUGUCCAUGCUCCAAAAGAUCAACUUCUCUCCCGAGUAGAGGCAGACAUCACAGGGAACAUCCUUCUCCAUUACAGAGCCAGUUGUCAGGUGCUGGGCAUCACUGUUGCGAACAAGGAUGUGUACCUAAAAUUAACACUCAUCCACAAUGUCAUGGAGAUUAGCUGUGCCAUCUUGGAGACCAGAGGCUCCCAGGAGUUCGAAUUCUCUUACAAACUGGAGCUCCUUGGCUACAUGCUGGUGAGUGAUUAGGAGCUUUGAGGACUGAAGUACAUGAGAGUUUGCUGUAAUGUAUUGAGACUGGUUUUCCAGGGAGAUGAUAUUUUAUCCAUUGGCUGUGACUGUACUACUGCAGUCUCAUGAGCUACCUGCAUGGCACCCAGAAUGCUGGGUCCACUCUGAGCUUGGCAGGGAUGCUGACAUAUUGUGG